AUGGCCAAAAAAAAGGUGGUGAAGAAGAACUAUUUGACGUGCGUAAAGUCCAAAACCAGUCAAAAUCUAAAAUCUCGCAAAAAGUCGGUUUAUAGGAGUCGUCUUUUGAAGAAUAGUGAGCCUCCGAUUUCCUACAAAGAGUCCCAUUCUAUCGGUAGAAGACAAUCAACUCAUGUUCCAACGUACAGUGAAAGCGGCAGACUUUAUUAUGAUUUAUACGUUAAAUAUGGGUUGACUGGCUGCUUUUCUAAGAAAGAUGAUAAACUAACGAAAGAACAUAAUCAUGCUUUUGGCUUCGAAUCUGAUGUGUCAGAUACGACGACUGUUGCAUGCAAUGAGGCGUCAGGUAAUUCUUUAGGAAAGAGGACCCUCCACCUGAAGAAAAAGAAGAAACAAGUGGUUAAGAGGAAUAGGAUCGUGGCAUUGUCACCCCAAUCCUCCGCAUCAUAUACACGUCGCGAAGCAAGCUUAAAUGCUGAAGCAAAAGUAAACAUGCUUUUUGAAUCUUCGAAGGAAUGUAAGCUAAGGAGACGGUCAUUGCCUAGUUCUCUAUCUUCGAAAGUGACAGAGGAUGUGCCUGGUCCCAGUAAUGAAAAUACAGGCUGUGUGUCUUCUCGAAGACGUGUAUCGCGUUUGCGGGCAUCUGACCCACCAGUUUCCUAUUCUCCUCCCAGAAAACGCUUGGCAGGUCUUAAUGCAAUGGCUAUAAUUAGCGCAUUCAUGAAGUCGCCUAAGUCAGCACCCUCUGCUGAUGUCAAACCUCGAAGACGUGGGAAACAACCCAAAAUUUCGCCAACUCGGAUGACGAGUAAAAAUAACUCAUUCGUGAAUACUGAAGGGCGGUCUUCUCACGCUGAACCAUCGAAUCAGUUACAAACACCAACUCAGCCUAGCUCUCUGUCUGCUGCAGUGCCUGUAAGCAAUGAUACUAAACUGAGGCCAUCUUCGGCUGUGCCCACCGUGGAGCGCUUUCAAUCCCACAAGGUGAUAUCUUAUGGCUCGAAAUGCAUAGGCGUUGAAAAUAUUUCCCGACAAAUUAUUCAUGUCCCGUCUCAAAGCCAAAGUUUGCCUGGUCCCUCAUGCCCAAAUCCUGUUCCUCAGCGUAUUUUCACUCCACCCUGUUCGUCGUCUCCGCCUCGUACUUCCUCCUCCGUGACGCCAGCCGCAAACGUCUCACCCCAACAAAAUCAGUCUAUGAUUGUUUUUCCUGACACCUCUUUCAGUUCCCCUCCACGGUCGGAAAUCCUUUUGCCCGCAGACGUUCACACAUGCUUCCCCAGUCAUUUUUAUUUAAGUCCCUUUAAUCACACAUCUGCUCUACAACCGCACGCAUUUUUCAUGUCCCCCACAUUAAUUCAUUCAAUGCCCUCAUCACCAUUCCACUUUCUGCACACCUCACCAUUUACGACGUAUAUGCAUUCACCCACCCCUAUGGCUACUAACUACAUGCUUCCGAUGCCCGUAUCUCCAGUCUACAAUGCCUUUUCUCAUGGAGGGUUCGGUAGCUGUAUAUUUCCUCGACCUGUAUUUUCAACUCAGCCAAUGCCAUCUCUAGCGCCAUCAGCACCGACAUCAUCACAACCUACAGCGUUGGCAUAUGAAUUAGGCAAUUCACAGGCGCACAGCACACCCGCCAAUGAGCCACCGAAGCGAGUUGAUAGGGCGGUGUCACCGAUGCCGGAAAUAGAAUAUGAAAGUGCUUUCGGUCCUGCUUGCACUGUUCAAGUGAAGAAAAGUCCAAUAAAGCGUGCAUCUUUGGAAAAAAAACAGGUUCCCUGUUUGUGGGUCUGGGAAGGAACGCCCAGCGAGAGACCCGUUUUCGUGAAACCGGAUUCGCCACCAGUGGCCCGCAUGUGCUAUUCAUCGAUGCGCCAUGAGAAAGACGGCAUGGUGGUUUGCCCCGGGGACAAUGUCCUCCUCUGCAGCGGUCCGGACCGUCACAGUGCUCCUCAUGUUGCCAAGGUUACGGCCCUCUUUGACAACCCUGACAAUGGUGAGGAGAAUGUCUCAGAUUUUUUUGAGGCGCAUGAUUACAAGCCAUGGUACGGUACCAAGAUGAUGGCAUUGUUGUGGUAUUAUCGUCCAGACAGUCUGACGCCGCCACGCCGAAGUGGCGUUGUGGAGUGCGAGUUGUUUGCCAGUCGGCACUGCGACGUGAAUCCCGUCGACUGCAUCGAUGACCGCGCUUACGUCCUCUCCUCUGCUCCUUAUGCGCGCUUCAUGGCACUGGCUAAGUACAAACAGGAGGCUCGAACUCACCGUCGACCGGUUUCUGCAGUCCCACAGAUUCCCAUUUCCAAAUCUCGCGAUAUUGCAACCUUCUCCGCGAAUACUGAGGCCCCUUCUUGCGAUAUCUCCGAGUUUCCAGAAGAUGCGACUCCUUCGAAUGUAUUUCUUUGCCGCGCAUGGUAUGACUUCCGUUCUCGCAGAGUUAUACGACAUUUGAAAUCGCUCAACAGCAACCUCGAUAAUGGUGACAAUAGCAAUAAUGGUGGCUACAGUAACUCCAACAAGCCAUCUCAUCGGCAGCAGGAACGGCAGUUGGACGUCUCAGGUCUAGUCCAUCUUCUGGGCCCAAACCCCUCCUCCACACUCCUGACUCCUGUACCACCUUCACCACCACUUCAGUCUCCAUCUGUUUCUCCUCCGGAAAAGGUGGUGUUAGUGGAAGAGACAGCUGAGACUGAGCAAGAGGUAGCGAUGGCUGAGUCGGCAGGAGAGAUCUCCAACGGACAGGCCUUGCUCGAAAAGACAGCGGAUAUCGCACUCAACUGGCGUGAACAUAGGGAACAAGUAGCACUGUCUUUGGGAAGUGCUCCGCUUUCACCGUCGCCGAAGAAGUCUGACACUAUCCCAGUCACUUCUCCCUCUUCUUCAGCCACUCCUGCUUCUGCGUCCGACUCCAUACCCACGCCCGCAUCCCAGCCACCCCAUAUACUACUCUCCUCCUCCCCUUCCCCCUCCUAA